GUGCAAGCACAGGGCCAUGGUCCCCACCCACCGCCUCCUCCUCAUCCUCCUGCUCCUGGUGGCCCUGCAUGCCAGGGCUGCCGGGACGGCUCUGUGGAAAGCGUGGGGAACAGAAGGUGAUGCAGCUUUGCAGCUGGGUUCCGGGUCGGCGACUGCGGGAGAUGGCACGGGUGUUCCCGACGGGAGGACUUUUCCAGCUCCUCGGCUGGAUCCGGCGCAAGAGUCUGGCUGGCAUCCCAGGGCUCCUCCAAGAGCUGAAGGAGGAAAAAACUCCGGGAGCCAUCAGAAGUCAUUUAGCAAAUACUAGAGGAGCUGGAGAGAACACAGGAGACCGACGCAGUGGCUGUGCAGGAGUCGGCGUUUCCAGGAGGAAGCAGUGGCUCACUGCCCGCCUCUGCCUCAGCAAGGGAGGCGAUGCAAGCAGCGGAGUAAGAGCAAAGAACAUGCCCCUGCACCUUGGGGACACCGGCUGGAAACCGGCGGGUACCCCUUGCGCCCGGUCAGCCCCACCAGCCACCCCGGCAUCCCUGACAGCUGGGACCAACACCAGCAGCCGCAGCCCCCGCCUGAAACACCGGCACGUCCACCCUCCAUGGCCCCCACUGCCCCUGGUUCCCCCAGCCCAGGCCCCAUCUGAAAAGGCACCCCUAACUCCCGAGCCCGCUGGUCCGGCCCUCUGCCAAGGGCUGGAGGCGGCCCCGCCAGGGUAGGGGUUGAAGGUGGGGAGACAGAGCCCCCCACCCACAGCUUCGGGGGGCAGCCCUUUCACCCCCCAUGAAGAGGGAGAGGCUACUCUUUUAGUGCCAGCUUCCCAACAGUUACUAAUUUGUGGUGGGACAAUAAAUCGUGCAGCAGACCAUAUGUA